CAUAUAAGCCCAACAGUUCAGACUCUCUCUAUCAGUAUUCAUAAAACUAUCGUCUUAAAAUGCGUAACCUUCAACGGAGUUUCGUGGCAGCCGUGACGUUCUCAUUUAUUAUUUUCACUAAUGUAUUUUUCGCUGACAACAAGCGAAGCUCCGCCGAAAGUCAAACAGAUACGCUGGACACUUUGCUAACCAUGCUCACUGAAUAUGUGCUAAAUCGCACAACGGAAGUAAAUACGCGUAUCGGGAAGAAUGAGCAAAGAAUAAAUCUACUGCUACAAAAACAGGCUGAAUUAGAAAGCAAAUUUAAAGAACAUCACUCAAUCGCCGAAAAACCUAGUUCAAUCUUAAACGAUGAAAUCAGCAACGGUUAUGAAUCGGCACGCAGCUGUGCGGACAUUUUACCGAAUAGGUUUGCGGGCGAUAGCGGCAUCUAUAGUAUAACGCCACUGAAUAUGACAGCAUUCGAUGUGUACUGUCUAUCCGAUCCCAGCAGUGGUUGUGGUUGGACGCUUGUUUGGCGACGUAAUGAAAUUAACGAUGAAUUCAAUCGCACAUGGACGGAAUACCAAAAUGGUUUCGGCGCAUUAACGGAUAAUUACUUUAUUGGCCUAGACAAGUUAUACGUUUUGACUAAUGCCGAGCCACAACAUUUACGCAUCGGCACUAAAUACGGACAAAAUAAUUGGGAUUUUGAGAUGUUUGAGGAAUUUGUCAUCGGCAGUGUACAUACACAAUACGAGGUAUUCGUCAAGAAUGAUAACACCAAAAGUAAUAUUUUUCAACGUUUGGGCCAUCAAACCCAUUUCUUUACUAAAGAUUUGGAAAGCUCUUGGGGGAAUGAAGAGUGUGCAAAAGUAAUGGGUAUAGGUUGGUGGUACAACGAUGACUGCAAAAAUUAUUUAAAGUCCCGUCUCUACUAUAUGUAUAUGAAUUCACCGACUUACAUGGUUAUUCGCCCGAAAAGUUGCGAUAGUAAAAGCCGACGAACUCAAAAUAUAUAAAAUUUUACGAAUAAUUAAUUUAAAAAGAUUUAGAAAAGUAUUAUCGAUUCAUGUAAAUAUAACUGACAUUGUGGUAGUGGCUGAGUCCGUUAUGCGAGUGUUCAAAAGAACGCGCGUUCGAAAUAAUAACUUUUUGUUUUUCUUUAACCAAAA